AUGGAAUUUAAUAAACACAAUACAAUCUCUUUGGUUAUCAUAUUUUUUACUACAUUGAUUUUUUUGUUAUUCUUAUCAAAAUUGCCACGGUAUAAACAAUGGUCUUUCGAUCAUCAGUAUAUUUUAAACCUUUUCGAUUCUCCGAAGCAAUUGCAGAAUGCAACUUCACUUUCCUCAAUCAAUACUUCCGAGAUUCUUUUAAUUUAUGUUUAUGCAAAUGUUCAUGUACACGCAUAUGGAAAUUUGAAAUAUUUUAUUGAAACUGCUGUUCGUGAAAAUGACGGUGUUGAUUAUGUGUUUAUAUUGCAACAAACGGAAAACAAACCAAUCGACGAAACAAUACUACCACGACUACCACAAACAAAUGCAUUUUAUUUUCAACAUGAAAAUAAAUGCUUCGAUUAUGGAACGAUGGGUUGGUUUUUCGACCAAUUUACAAUCGGUAAUCCGUGGCAGCCAAGUACUUCUGUAACAGAACAUAUCAAUAGAAAUAACCAUUCAAAUGCAGUAUUCAAUUUAAAACAAUAUAAAUAUUUUAUUUUUAUGAAUUCAUCUAUUCGUGGCCCAUUUUUUCCUCCAUAUUUUCUGAAAUUUGCAUCGGAUUACCAAAUGGAAUAUCAUAAACCUUUUCAUUGGUACACCAUCUUCAUACGACGUCUCAAUGACAAAGUGAAACUGGUCGGUGGGACUAUUAGUUGUAUUCCUGUUCCACAUGUUCAAUCAUAUUUACUCGUCACAGAUUCUAUCGGCUUUUCAAUUUUACUGAAAAGCUCUACGGCCAGCACGGGAAGAAUUUAUGCGGGUGUGUUUGGAUGUUAUCCAUCGAAAAGUGAUACGACAGCAAUCAGUGAACUCGGUAUAUCCAAACUGAUACUUGAUUCAGGUUAUAUGAUGAGUAGUCUUAUGUCAAAACAUCAAAUGAUUGACUUUUCGAAGAAUGCGACUUAUAACUGUCAAGUGUAUGCGAAUCCAUAUUCGGAUAGAAGCGUCGAUGGAAGUUCACUAGAGCCUUACGACGUUGUCUUUGUGAAAUUUAAUGCGAAAAAAACGACAACAGAUGCACAAGAUCGAGCGAUGCUUUAUCAAAGAUGGAUGGAAGAAACGAAAGCCAAAAACAGAACAUUAAGAUAG